CCCGGCCGGUUCCUCCCCGCAGAAUCGGUCCCAAGAUGGAGGCGACGGCGGUGGCGGCGUCGUGACAGGGGCUCCUCUGAUGAAACGCAGCCUGGGCGCUGCCGGCCUCAUCUCCAAUGGCAACCAUCUGGCCUCGCCCGAGCCCCCCAUGAGCCCAGCCCCGGGCCCAAUGGAGCCUGCCCGGCGCCCCGCCCCCGAUGGGGGCGAGGCUGGCCGCACCGGAGGCACUGUCAAGGUGUAUCUGCCCAACAAGCAGCGCACUGUGGUGACGGUGCGGGCCGGGAUGAGCGUCUACGACUCCUUGGACAAGGCGUUGAAGGUCAGGGGUCUCAACCAGGACUGCUGCGUGGUGUACCGCCUCAUCAGAGGGCGGAAGACGGUAACGGACUGGGGCACAGCUAUCGCGCCGUUGGAUGGGGAGGAACUGAUCGUGGAGGUGCUGGAGGACGUGCCACUCACCAUGCACAACUUCGUGCGGAAAACCUUCUUCAACCUGGCCUACUGUGACUUCUGCCACAAGUUCCUCUUCAAUGGCUUCCGUUGCCAGACCUGUGGAUACAAGUUCCACCAGCACUGCAGCUCCAAAGUGCCCACUGUCUGUGUGGACAUGGCCACUGCCCGCCAUUCGAUACACGCCUAUGCCAGCGUACAGGAUCUGUCCGGAACCGGAGUCCAAGAGCCGCUGUCCAGCCAAUCCCUCCGGGAGCCCCUCACCCCCCAGCCCAUCAGCUCCCAGCAGCACCUGAGCCCAGAAGCCUUCCCCUUCCUAGAGGCCCCGGCACAGGCCCUGCAGCGAAUCCGCUCCACCUCCACCCCUAACGUGCACAUGGUUAGCACCACCGGGCCAGUGGACAGCAGCCUCAUCAAGCGUGCAGCCCGGAACUUCAACGCAGAGGGGACAGGGAAUGGGGAAGAGGGGCAGCCCCAGGGGACAGGCGGGGGCAGCUCUGGCCCACCCCUGGUAUCCCCUGGCAGGAAGUAUUCUCACCCCAAAUCCCCAUCAGAGCCCCGAGAGCGAAAAGCUUCGGCAGACGACAAGAAGAAAGUGAAAGCCCUGGGCUACCGCGACUCAAGCUAUUACUGGGAGGUGCCCAAAAGCGAAGUGCAGCUCCUGAAGCGCAUUGGGGCCGGCUCCUUUGGCACCGUUUACAAGGGCAAGUGGCACGGGGACGUGGCGGUCAAAAUCCUUAAGGUGACCAGCCCCACCAGUGAGCAGGUGCAGGCCUUCAAGAACGAGAUGCAGGUGCUCAGGAAGACGCGGCACGUGAACAUCCUGCUGUUCAUGGGCUUCAUGACGCGGCCCAAGUUUGCCAUCAUCACUCAGUGGUGCGAGGGGUCCAGCCUCUACCACCACCUGCACGUGGCCGAGACCCGCUUCGACAUGGUGCAGCUCAUCGACGUGGCCCGCCAGACCGCCCAGGGCAUGGAUUACCUUCACGCCAAGAAUAUCAUCCACCGGGACCUCAAAUCCAACAACAUCUUUCUGCACGAGGGGCUGACGGUGAAGAUUGGGGACUUUGGCUUAGCCACCGUCAAGACCCGCUGGAGCGGCGCCCAGCAGGUGGAGCAGCCCAGCGGCUCCGUGCUCUGGAUGGCCCCGGAGGUCAUCCGUAUGCAAGACAGCAACCCCUACAGCUUCCAGUCAGACGUCUACGCCUACGGUGUGGUGCUCUAUGAACUCAUGACCGGCAGCCUCCCCUACAGCCACAUCAACAACCGCGACCAGAUCAUCUUCAUGGUGGGCCGAGGCUACCUGUCCCCCGAUCUCAGCAAGAUCUCCAGCAAUUGUCCCAAGGCCAUGAGGCGGCUACUACCCGACUGCCUCAAGUUCAAGCGGGAGGAGCGGCCCCUCUUCCCUCAGAUCCUGGCUGCCAUUGAGCAGCUGCAGCGAGCCCUCCCAAAGAUCGAGCGCAGCGCAUCGGAGCCUUCCCUGCACCGCGCCCAGGCGGACGAGCUGCCCCCGUUCCUGUUCAGCACUCUGCGCCUCGUGCCCUAGGGGCCCCCCACGACCCAAGUGGAGACUGCACUGGGGCGCUUGAGGUGGAGAGGACCCGGGUCCCGCUUCUAACUCUCCUCCCCCCAAAGCUGCUGCCCCGCCCCACUCCACGCCCGGGGCCUCGGCCCCCCUCUGCUGAGGCCCUCCUGCCCUCCGCCGGCCACGGGCAGCUGAGGCGGGAGCAGCGUGGACUGGACUAGCAAUAAGGCCCUGCCGCGUCAGGGGCAAGGGGCGGACGGGCGGCGGGAGGGCCUCAGGUUUGUUUUGUAAUUGGAGGGGCCUGGCCCACCCCCCUGUACAGACUGUAAUGAAAUAAACUGCAAUAGGGAGCCA